AUGGUCAGCCCAGCCCUUAAACGAAACGCGGACCACCUCUCCACCUCGAAAUCGGAAACCAAGAAACCCAAAGGAGGAAGUAUCACUUCUUUCUUCGGCGUUCCUAAACCGAAGCCCACGGAGACACCGGGGACAACAGCCGCACUACCUCCUCGACCAAGCUCCUUCAGUAAAGAAAAAUGGCUGGCCACUCUUACACCGGAACAGAAGGAGCUUCUGCAACUCGAAAUCGACACAUUGGACGAUAGCUGGCUCGCGCAUCUGAAAGACGAUAUUACAACAACGGAGUUUCUUAACCUGAAACGGUUCCUCAAGAAGGAAAAGGACAGCAAGGCGAAGGUCUUCCCUCCCGAGGAAGAUGUGUAUUCCUGGUCUCGCCUUACACCCCUACACAGCGUCAAAGUGGUGAUUGUAGGACAAGAUCCGUACCACAAUGACAACCAAGCUCACGGCUUAGCGUUUUCCGUGCGUCCGCCAACUCGGGCACCCCCAUCCCUGGUUAAUAUCUACAAAGGGUUGAAGAAAAAUUACCCGGACUUUACACCCCCACCGAACAAUAGUGGACUCCUUACACCAUGGGCUGAGCGAGGUGUUCUGAUGCUUAAUACCUGUCUUACAGUUCGUGCGCAUCAAGCUCAUAGCCAUGGGAACAAGGGAUGGGAGUCAUUUACUCAGAAGGUGAUUGACUUGGUUGCUCGAGUCCGAACUCACGGUGUGGUUUUUCUUGCUUGGGGAAAACCUGCUGGGUUGCGAGUAACUAAGAUCAACCGGGAUAAGCACUAUGUGCUGCAAUCGGCGCAUCCCAGUCCUUUUAGUGCACACACUGGAUUUUUUGACAAUGGUCAUUUCAAGAAAUGCAAUGACUGGUUAGCUUCACGAUACGGCGAUGACGAGAUUAUUGAUUGGAAUCUAGUUGCAACCAAGAAGAAGUUGGCUGCGCCCUCUGAUAAAGAGAAUCUGUCAAUCUUGGCCAAUGUCACUCAAGUGACUACUAAGGUCGCAGAGCCCCAAUGUCCUGAUGAUGAGGACAAGAAGGCGAAGACUUGCCCGUCGACGUCGUCGACGAUGAAUUUGACGAUGAAGAUGCUUUGGAGGCCUUGGCAGCUGCAGAGGAGGAACUUUCUGCAAGUUAAACCUACUGGGAGAAUUGGUGAUGGUUUUUUGAUGUAA